GAGGGGAAGGCAGGCCGGAGGACGGUGGUAGUCGCUCUGCGCGCCUGCUGGGGCGUUCUCGUCGCUCCCUGGAGUGGGGGAUGGCGGAGGAAGAGGGGUACCUGGCCCUGUCCGGGGAGCGCAUCACGCUGCAGCGCCUCCACCACAGCGCCUCCUGCCGGGAGUUUCAGGUGCGCUGCCCGAGGCUGCAGCUGCGUUCGCUCAGCGCCGUCACGUGCUCCGUGUGGCUGGUGGCCUACGGGCUCUUCGUCCUCAGCCAGAACAGUGGGGUGCUCUCUGCUGCUAUAUUUGUCACACUGAUAGGCUUGCUUGUGUACCUGCACUUCGUGAAAAUUGACCAGGAGUCUCUGCUUAUUGUUGGCUCACUUGGAAUACAGAUGACUUCAUCUUAUGCAUCUGGCAAAGAAAGUACAACCUUUAUAGAGAUAAGCCAGGUAAAAGAUGUGGUCAUCAAUGAAGCCAUCUAUAUGCAAAAGGUUAUCUAUUACCUGUGCAUCCUUCUCCAAGACCCCGUGGAACCUCAUGUUGUUUCAGAGGUAGUACCAUUGUUCCAGAGCUCCAAGCCACGUCUAGACUGCCUUGUCCAAGUGUACAAAAGCUGCCAAGAAAUCCUGGAGCAGAGGAAGACAUAUUGACACCAGUUUUUUAAAGUGAAGUCUUUAUCUGGGUAGAAAACUUGCUAAAAUACCAAGCUUUUCUUUAAAAAAAACACAACCACAGUAGUUGGGAAGGCACUUGUUGCAAGCAUGUUAAUGGACUUGACCGUGUGGAUAACUAGAUGGCAGUGGAUUCUAAUGCACCAGAGAACUGAAAACUGCUAGUGCUUUCAUGGGCAAGGACUGAGUAUGUAAUCUUGAAUAAAUGUUAUGGUGGAGAAAUGGCUAAACUGCGCCCCACACCUCCUUUUUUCAACAUGACGUAAGAAUGAUUAUAAACUUUCUGUAAAUAAUUAACUCCACCAUGUGAAUGGAAAUCUACAGGGAAGGUUCAGCAGAAAUGGGAUGGACAGGGAAACUGUCACCUUAGUACAAGUAUAUGGAAGACGAGAAACUGAUAACACCAUUACAUUAUUUUCUAAAAUCAAUUGUGAUAUCUUCAGUGUCUGUAUGAUAUUCUUACUUAUGCACUCAGGUUUGUCAUUAGCAAUUGAUAUUAUUUGAUACAAAUGUCUGCUAAACAAAUCCUUUCACUAGUUGUUUUAGAAGCAUUUUGCUGUAUCCUGUGUUGUAACAAGAUAACCUGUGUUUACCAAGUUCAUAUGUUGUCAGGACAUUUUCCAGUACACAUGGAAGAUCUGGCCACAGUCUAGAGAACCUCACAUCGAACUUCAAAUAAAAACAGACUUCUCAUCAUCCAGCCAGACAACUGCUUUUGAAAUUUAGGGAAAUUUCUAAGCACUUGGUCAUAGGACAUGGAGAGGGUACAGAACUGCUUCCUCCCAAGGAAAGUGUCAGAAGUCAUGCUGAUCUCCCACAAUCCCUAAGCUUAGCUGCCUGAAUUGGUGGUUGGAAAUUUGUCAAAUAGUAAAUGCCAUUCCCUUA